AUGGCGGAACUCCGUCGCAAACUCGUCAUUGUCGGCGAUGGUGCUUGUGGGAAGACCUGCUUGCUCAUUGUCUUUUCCAAGGGUACUUUCCCGGAGGUAUAUGUGCCCACCGUCUUCGAGAACUACGUUGCCGAUGUCGAGGUCGAUGGCAAACACGUUGAACUGGCCCUGUGGGACACGGCCGGCCAGGAGGACUACGACCGUCUGCGACCGCUCUCAUAUCCCGACUCCCAUGUCAUCCUGAUAUGCUUUGCCGUUGACUCUCCCGACUCUCUCGACAACGUUCAGGAAAAGUGGAUCUCCGAGGUGCUUCACUUCUGCCAAGGCUUGCCCAUCAUCCUCGUCGGUUGCAAAAAGGAUCUCCGCUUCGAUCAGAAGACUAUCGAGGAACUCCACAAGACUUCGCAGAAGCCCGUUACCCCUGAACAGGGAGAGGAAGUCCGCAAGCGAAUCGGUGCUGUCAAAUACCUCGAGUGCUCCGCAAAGACCAACGAUGGUGUCCGUGAGGUGUUCGAGCAUGCCACGCGUGCCGCCUUGACGAAGACCACCAAGAAGAAGAAGAAGUGCACCAUCCUAUAG